AUUGAUUUGGUUUGAUCUACUCAUUGGAUAACAACACAACACAUCAUAAACGAUCCAUUUUUAAUGUGUCCAUGGCACAAACAAGUUGAGCAGUUACGCGAGCUGGUUUAAAGUGGAUUCGAUCUGUAUUUCUAGAUAUGGUAGGUUGUAGCUUAAAGGUAGUCGAAUAAGGAUGCAUGUUAUAUAUUCAUGCCUGACUUAAAAUGACACAAUUUAUCUAUAAUCGGAGGUAUUGGUAAAAAUCACAAGUGACAGAAGAAACUUUUUUAUCAUCUGCUUUUUUGACCCAAAAUUUGCAUAAUAAUCCCAAUUUAAUUAUGAUUACAGAUUAUUUUAUAAGCGUCUACAUCAAUGCAUUUUAUUUUAAUUACUCUGAUAAAAAAAACACUAGAAAACAUAGAUAUAAACUCACUUUGUCUGUCUUUCAUUGUCAGAAACUUCUAAAGAGUCUUCUCUUCCUUCUUCUGGACAAGAUACAGACAAAAAACACAAAAAGAUAAUGAAAGGAAGAGUCAUAGCUCUUACAAACCUUAACGACCUCGAACUACACAACUUCUUGGUCGAUCCAAACUUCGAUCAGUUCAUAAAUCUCAUAAGAGGAGAUGAUCAAACCAUCGAACACCCACCUCUUGAUUUCGACCUCGGUGGUCCUUUACACAACAGCCCAUGUUUCAUCGACGACAACCAGUUUAUCCCAACACCUGUCGACGACCUGUUCGACGAGUUGCCUGAUAUAGACUCCAAUGUGGCCGAAUCGUUCCGUAGCUUCGAGGGUGAGAGUGUUGUAAGAGCAAGCGGCGAAGACGAUUACAACGACGGCGAUGAUUCUUCUGCCACCACGACGAAUAAUGAUGGAAGCCGUAAGAAGAAGACGGAUCGGUCGAGAACUUUGAUCUCCGAGAGAAAAAGGAGAGGUCGGAUGAAGGAUAAGCUCUACGCGUUGAGAUCUCUUGUUCCAAACAUUACUAAGAUGGAUAAAGCAUCCAUUGUGGGAGAUGCAGUGGCGUACGUUCAAGAGCUGCAGUCACAAGCCAAGAAACUCAAAGCUGAUAUCGCUGGCCUUGAAGCUUCUUUAACUUCCACUGAAGGGUACCAAGAACCUGCACCAGUUGCUCAGAAAAGUCACACUUUCCGUUGUAUUAAUCCACCGGUUUCCAAGAAAAUCAGUCAGAUGGAUGUUAUUCAAGUAGAGGAGAAAGAGUUUUAUGUGAGAUUGGUGUGUAAUAAAGGAGAAGGUGUUGCUGCAUCACUCUACAAGUCUUUGGAGUCUCUUACAAGUUUCCAAGUGCAAAACUCCAACCUAAGCUCCCCUUCUCCUGACACAUACCUCUUAACAUAUACAUUAGAUGUAAACCAACUUGUCCCUUUCUACAUUUUUUGUGGUUUAUGUAAGUUUACGUUUACCAAGUACCGAGUUUGCUUGUUUGCUGAAAACAGGGGACAUGUUUUGAACAGAGCUUAAACUUGCCUAACCUGAAGCUGUGGAUCACUGGAUCACUUCUAAACCAAGGUUUUGAAUUCAUCAAGCCAUUCAAUUGAUUCUGUAACGCUGUGUUCCAGUAUGAUUAUAAUCCGGUUAUGUAUCUCAUUGAUUGUCUUCCUUUCUGUAUGUUUCAUAACUUUCCAGCGAUCUAAUUUUUAUUCGGAAGCUGAUGUAAGUGAUUCUCUAUUGAAUAAACAACCAACAACAUAUCCAAAGUCUUAAUUUGACAAGAGAACAUCUUUUACGUG